GAAUCUCCUUCUGGCCGCAGAAAAGCGCUUGCCACCAGCAGCAUCAACAUGAAGCAAUAUGCCAGCCCCAUGCCUACGCAGACAGACGUCAAGUUAAAAUUCAAGCCUUUGUCUAAGAAAGUGGUAUCUGCCACACUGCAGUUCUCUUUGUCUUGUAUUUUCCUGAGGGAAGGAAAAGCCACGGAUGAAGAUAUGCAAAGCCUGGCUAGUCUGAUGAGUAUGAAACAAGCUGAUAUUGGAAAUCUAGAUGAUUUUGAAGAAGACAAUGAAGAAGAUGAAGAGAACAGAGUGAAUCAAGAGGAAAAGGCUGCAAAAAUUACAGAGCUUAUCAAUAAGCUUAAUUUUCUGGACGAAGAGGAGCAAGACCUGGCCAACUCUAGUAUGAACCCUUUUGGUGAUCCUGACACAGCAGAAUUAAAUCCAUUUGGAGACCCUGAUGCAGAAGAACUCAAUGCCGAAAUAGCCUCAUCUGCAAAGCCAGAAGAAAGUUUCUAUGCCGACAAUUACAAUCCCUUCAAGGAUGAAGAUGCCCCAGAGUACUUGAAUCCAUUUGAUGAGCCAGAUCCUGAGCCUGAAACAUUUGUAACUGUAAGAGAUUCUCCUCCACAACCUCCAAAAAGGAAGAAUGUCAGACCAGUGGAUAUGAGCAAAUACCUCUAUGCAGAUACCUCUAAAGCUGAAGAGGAAGAACUAGAUGAAUCAAAUCCGUUUUAUGAACCAAAAUCAAGCCCUGCUUUAAUUAAAGUUGCUCCACUGCAAGAACCAGAAAAGAAGAUGAAAAGAAAGGCUCCUGAACCACCAAACCUCUUGCCAAAGCCAGAGACAGGCAUGAGUGAGAACAUGUCGGCUACUCCUCCAUCGAGGGACCUUUCUUCUUCUCCUAAG